AUGGAGAAGGAGAAGAGCAGGACGGACCAUAUCGAGGGGAUUUCAGACCAAGAUGGAUUUGAUGGAUCUAUUUUCCAAGGUUUGAUUCCCUGGCUGUGCCUUCUGUCAUUUUUCCUUUUUCAUGUCCAGCCAUUUUCUUCUAACAGUUAUAGCAUCACAGCGGAAGCACCCUGGGCCAAAUACAUCCCCGGCGGCUACUCCCCCUCGCGAUGCAUCACCCUGCGCGGCCGCCCCAUGGUCUACGCCAUCCUGCUCCUCGCAGGCGUCUCCAUCAUGUUCUUCGGCUACGACGCCAGCUGCAUGAGCCAGGUCAAUACGAAUUCGGACUAUCUGCGCCUGAUGGGCGCCGAUUCGGGGUCUGCUCGUGACUCGGCGGCUGUGGGCGGGUUGGUAUGGGCAGGACAACCGAACUCGCUCCUUCGUUCGCUAACUGUGGCGUCUUGUCUUGUCCUUCCUCUAGGUGCCAUCAUGAUCGGUUAUCUGGCCGACAGAGUCGGUCGUCUGAGGUCGAUGCAGCUGGGAUGUCUGUGGGCUAUCCUCGGCGGCGCGCUGCAGGCGUCAGCGCAGAACAUCACCUGGAUGGCCUUUGCCAGAGUCAUCGGCGGCAUCGGCUGCGGUCAUCUGAAUACCAUCGUCCCGAUCUGGACCUCUGAGCUGGCGGAUCCGCAUAUGCGUGGCACUUUUGUCGCGGUGGAGUUUACGCUGGCGCUUGUUGGGAGCACGAUUGUCUACUGGACAGAAUUCGCCUGUCUCAAAACCCAGAGCCUCUCCUUUUCAUGGCGCUUCCCCCUGGCGCUGCAAGUCGUCUUCCUGCUCUUCAUCCUGCUCGCCAGUCCAUUCUACCCCGAAUCCCCGCGCCAUCUGAUCAAGACAGGCCGGGUGGACGAGGCGCGCAGCAUCCUGCGCCGCGUGCGCCUCGACGGAGACGACGACAGCAAGAUCGAGCUCGAGAUGCGCGAGAUCGUCGCCGCCAUCCGCUUCGAAGCCAGCGCCCAACCCCCUUCGUACUGGAGCAUGCUGACCACAAAGGACAAGCUGCAUACGCGACGCCGCAUCCUCCUCGGGGCCGGCGUGCAGGUUAUGCAGAAAUUCACCGGCAUCGACUUCAUCGCCACCUAUGCGCCUGAGAUGUUCAACCUGGCAGGCUACAAGGGUGACAAGCCAUCGAUCCUGGCCGGCGGCAACUUCAUUUCCUAUACCGCCAGCCUGGCCCUGGCCAUCUACCUCUGCGACCACGUGGGCCGCCGCCGACUGAUGCUGAUCGGGUGCUCGCUGAUGUGUCUGGUGCUCAUCGCGGGCGGCGUUCUGUCGCACGAGGUGAUCCGACUCAAUGGCAUCGAUCCGGCCGAGACGAGCCGUUGUGGCGCAGGCGUGACGGCCGUGCUGUACAUAUACACAUUCGUAUACGGCAGUACGUGGUUGACGACAUGUUGGGUCUACCCCGCUGAAAUAUUCCCCCUCGCCAGCCGCGCCAGGGGCACCGCGAUGGCAACAGUCGCAUUUUCGCUGGCAGGCGGCCUGAUCAACGAGAUUGUGCCUUAUCUCAUCGACGCGAUCGGGUUCUGGGUCUUUAUUCUCUUUGCGCUGGUCAAUCUUGCCAUGCUGGUUCCUAUCUAUCUGUUUUAUAUCGAAACGGCCGGCCGCCACCUCGAAGAUCUAGACUUCCUCUUCGCCAACAAGAGCCCGUUCGCCUGGCGGGCGGAGCGCGACUUUGCCGAGAUGAAGGCCGCCGAAGCGGCUGCUGAUCGGGAGGGGGGUCAAAAUGUCGAUGAGAAGAUCAGUAUUAUCAAAGAAGCGUAA